AUGGCAAGUUUUGCAAGUCACUUUGACGACGACGAAGGCGAUGACAUUUUGUUAGAGCAGAAUGACGACGAUGAGGACACGGAUGAUGAAGAGGAGGAAGAGACCCUCAUGACGCCGGCUGGUACCGCAGAUGAGAAGAUGCAAUCCAGCGAGGAAGAAGAGGACGACGACGACGAAGAAGAGGAGGAUGACGACGACGACGAUGAUGAGGCUUCUGGCAUUGUCAUUCCAUCAGGAGGAGGGAAACUUGCGUCGGUGGCGGCUGCUGCUGCUGCGGCGGCGUCUGGUGUUGGGGGUGGGCAAUCGACCGACGACAAUGAUUCCGAAUCGGGAGACGAUGGAGAUAUCCCAUUGGCCACGCCGUAUCCUUGGGCCCAAGACGACUAUGAAUUGACGUUGCAUCACGAUCCCAAAAAGAGAAAGCCAGUAGGAACUGGAAUCACCUAUAUCAAGCGAUUGCUGCAAGAUGCAGACACGAGUAAUCACGAAGAAGCCACCAUUCUAAAUCCAACUGCCAAAAGCAUUCUCAAACAAUUGUGGAAACGACAUACACAACCACCACGACAAACAUUCGAUGAGGAAGAGGAAUCGUCAGACGAAGAAAGUGACGAAGACGACGAUGAUUAUGAUGACGACGAUGGAGAAGCACUCAAGAAACGCCGUCAUUUGCCAGGCCCAAGAUUGUGGACUUCUUCAGAGAUUGGAAAUCAUGGCACUGUAGGACUCUUCCAGAACAUUCUCAGUGAAGUACAAUCCGCUCAUCCAAUGAAUGUCACCACACGGCAAAUUGUAAGACAGUGCACCUUGCAACUACCUGCAGGAGCUCUUCCAGGAUGCAUGGACGCCAAGGAAUUCAUAUGCUGUGCUCUACAUUUUCUAAGUUGCGAAUGGAAAAGUCCUGAUAACACUGCCUUGCCCUCCUUGCCUCUCAUCAAUUCCACUGCUGCACCGGGAAAUGCGAGAGAUUUGGAAAAGAGAACCUACGAAAAAGCAUACGACUGGACCCUUGAACAACUAGACCAACCAUUGCCUCAGCUCGAACGCUUCUUCUUGGACAGCCCUGCUGCUGCCGAACAAUUGCGGUGGAUUUCACGAAUACGAUUCUGUCCUCGCACCAACAGCCACACGGCCAAGACAACCUCCGAAUCCACCAUUCUGCUCAAAGGAACCAUCCCUGCUCGCAUGACGGGCAAAAAACAAUACGCUGCCAGUCCAGGUCCAAAGGCAGGAACCAAACGAAAAUCAUCAGCUACGCAAUCAUCGUCCACAACAGCAUCCGCUACACAAGGAGUUGUGGUGAGAGCAGAUCAAGGAAAGCAGUUUCCGUAUGCUUAUAUGGUCGGCAAUAGUGCUGUUGCGGAUGGAAGUGGAGAAGAGUGA